CCAGCCCGGGACGCGCUUGGCCCUGCCCGCUCCCGCUCGCUUCGUCUUGCCCGGCCUCCCCGUGUUGCCUCCUCGCCUGUUCCGCGCCAGGCAUGGCCCCCAGCACCGUGGCCGUGGAGCUGCUAAGCCCUAAAGAGAAAAACCGACUGCGGAAGCCAGUGGUGGAGAAGAUGCGUCGCGACCGCAUCAACAGCAGCAUCGAGCAGCUGAAGCUGCUGCUGGAGCAGGAGUUCGCCCGGCACCAGCCCAACUCCAAGCUGGAGAAGGCCGACAUCCUGGAGAUGGCUGUCAGCUACCUGAAGCACAGCAAAGCCUUCGUCGCCGCCGCCGGCCCCAAGAGCCUGCACCAGGACUACAGCGAGGGCUACUCGUGGUGCUUGCAGGAGGCCGUGCAGUUCCUGACGCUCCACGCCGCCAGCGACACGCAGAUGAAGCUGCUGUACCACUUCCAGCGGCCCCCGGCCGCGCCCCCCGCGCCCGCCAAGGAGCCCAAGGCGCCGGGCGCCGCGACCCCACCCGCGCUCUCCGCCAAGGCCACCGCCGCCGCCGCCACCGCGCGCCAGCCCGCCUGCGGCCUCUGGCGGCCCUGGUGACCGGCGGGACCUGCGGGCGCGCGGCCCGAGGACCGGAGGGCGAGCCUGCUCCUCUCGCCUGUAGGGAAGCGCCUUCCCGCCGUCGUCCGCCCAGGGCUUGGACGCGCCCUUCUUCGGAAGGCUCCAGCCCCAGGCUGGCCGGCCCGCAGGAGCCCCAUUCUCAGAGAAUGUGUGUGCAGAGUCCCUGCCGUUUUAGGACAGUCAGGGCCCAUCUUCUGCCAAGUGUCUGACCCCAUGGGGUUGUUCUGUGUUUGCAUUUAAGCAAGUGACUUCUGGGAAGUCCCUGGCCGCCCGGGGUUCUAUGAUAUUUGUAGUGCCGGGGUUCGCACGCCGGUGCCCCCAGCCUGUAGAGGACUUUCUUCAGGGCCCGUAGCUGCUGGGCACACCCCUGGCAGGCGGGCUGUGCCGCGGGCACAUUUGCCUUUUGUGAAGGCCGAACUUGAGCUGUAUCCUCAUAGGAAGCGGUGAUCACCCCGGACGGGCGCCCAGGACCCUGCGGGCUGUGGCCAAAAGGCUCCGAGUGUGCCUGGUGGUCUGGCUGGAGCUCACAGUGGGCUGUCUGGGGAGGGUGGGUGCCUCCACUAUGAUCCUUAAAGGAUUCCUCUGUGUGGGUGGAUGCAUGUGGGCAUGACUGUACUCAGAAAUUGAACUCUCGGUCACGUGGAAGCCACGGGACUGCUCUGAAGCCGCUAAUAAAAUCUGACUGUUCAGCCCCC